AUUUUUUAUCUAUUACAGUGUUGGUGACGUCACAUCUAAUAAUAUUUUUUUUCAUUAUUUUUGGAUUUGAUGUUUCAAAAAAAUUAAUGUAAUGUUUUUUUUGUAAAAUGUUUAAUAACGUCUCUAGGCUAAGCCGAGUUUUUUUCUGUGAUCCAGUUUAUGCAUAUUGUUUGCUUAUGGAAUAAAUAUAAUCCAACUUGUAAUCCAGUGACCUCGUCUCUCUAUACCGAAGGACUGUGCCAUUUGUUUAGGUAUGUCGGUUUGGUCAGCCAGCACGGUCGGGCAUCAGAACACUCGAUACAGUCAUUCUAAUAGCUGGUGCCCGAACCUGACGAAGCACAAGUGCGUAAUGUCGGGCGAGACACCCAUACAGUCCGGGGACGCGCUGCACACGCCGGCGUAUCUGUCAUGGCGCAAGCUACAGCUCAGCCGAGCCAAGCUCAAGGCCUCCAGCAAGACAUCAGCCCUGUUGUCUGGAUUUGCUAUGGUAGCAAUGGUUGAGGUGCAACUAAAUCCGCCCAACGAUACCAAAGUGCCGCCAGCUAUGCUUGUGGCGUUCACAGUUUGCACAACACUGUUAGUCGCGGUGCACAUGCUAGCUCUCAUGAUCAGCACGUGCAUCCUGCCCAAUAUAGAAGCCGUGGGCAAUCUCCACAGUAUCUCCCUCGUCCACGAAUCUCCACACGAAAGGCUGCACUGGUACAUCGAAAUAGCGUGGGCGUUUUCAACUUUGUUAGGUCUCAUCCUGUUCUUAGUUGAAAUAGCUAUACUCUGCUGGGUGAAGUUCUACGAUUUGAGUGAAACUGCAGCUUGGUCGGCGUGUGUCGUCUUAAUACCAGUGAUGAUUGUAUUUUUAGCGUUUGCAAUACACUUCUAUAUGUCAUUAGCGUCACAUAAAUACGAAGUAACGGUCACAGGCAUAAAGGAAUUGGAACUUUUGAAAGAGCAAAUUGAAAUGGGUGAUCACGAUUCGAGGAUGAACAAUCUCACACUGUUAGAUCAGAGUAGGGUAGUGUGAUUUUUGUUUAAGGCGUAUGCCGUUAUGGAUUGUUGUAACUUGUAUUCCUAUAUUGUUAAACCCCCUCUUUUUUAGAUUAUUCCGUUUGACGGCGUACAAAUAAGUGCUAAGACAUUGUAAAUUCGGGUUUUAAGUAUAUCGUGUUGUGGAUUUAUAACGGUAGAAACACAUAGGCAUUGACCCUUAAUGCAGGGCGAAGCUACCAUCGUAUCUAUGACGGGACCCGUUCUUGUCCCACAGAGGCCCCUAAGGUCCUCUAUGGGACAAGAACGGCCAUCAGACUUAUCACUAUUGUCUAUAGAUGCAGAAAUUUUAGAAAAAUGAAAAUCGUCUUCAGGUAUACAUCAAAAAAAUUGUUUGUUUAAUUUGAAUUGCUUGGCUAGCUGAAUUUCUAGGAGGAAGUGAUAUUUUAAAAUCAAUAAAUAUUUAUUUUAUAUUUAUUUCAAGUACAUUUUGUGUUUCUUUUGUAAGAAAUCUUUACCCUUCAAUUUGGUCCUCAAAUAAUUAAAAACAGGGCCCCUCCAAGGCAGGCUACGCCACUUGUCAUAAAUAGUGACCCUUAUUAUUAAAAAGUUAUGAAAUUAAUGCCAUUGCUCAAAAUAUUAUCCUAUCAGAACUUCUGACAAUUUAAUAAUCGAGUAGGGAAUAUUGUAUUGAAACAAAACUUGAAACUCAAAUUAUAGUAUGAUUAUUAAUUCCAGUCAGUAAAAUGACAAGUUCAACUGUCACUGAAAUGUCAUUUUACUGACGAUUUUUAGAAGUAGUUCUUCUACUUACGGAAGACGAUUUGGUUUGAAUGUAGUAGUAAUUUGUCAGCACAAACGACUUGUUUGUUUAAAGUAAGAGAACGUCAGAACAGUCAGACUUGAAAAUAAUUUAGAUUGAUACAGGGGUAGGCGUGUGACAUAUACACCCGUUUACACAAAUGUAUCAACACAAUGAAUAGGGCGCAGUGCGUUAUGUGUAUCUACCGUCACAUUAGGAUUAAUUAGUUAUCAUCGGGCGUUAAUAUGUUUCCAGAAUCCGUAGGAUUAUGGUGUAGUCAUGGAGGUAUAGCAAUAUUGUUUUCCUCGAAUAUGGAAUCCAUAAUUUUUGUCAUAUUCGAGAAAACGAAAAAUAUUUUGCCAGAAAAUGCUUGACUAAAGUGUUUUUCAGAUAGCAUGGGUACGGUGACAGUCGCCUGUAUGACGUUCAUAAUACUUAUUGAUAACGUGAAUAGCGGCAAACUUUUAAGAGUGAAACGAUGCACAGGAUAUUAUUUUAUGACUAGGGGAUGCAGCAGGAAAGUAGAUGGCUAAAACAAUUAAAUAUUAAUCAAAUAAUAGAUCAUGGGGAUAUCUUUUUGAUAAAUGACAAUUAUACUUAGGUUUACAGUGUGCACGUCACUGUUUCUCAAAGUGUUUUAGAAUAUGUAAUAUCUCGGGAAAGUGAAUCUCGUACUUAAUGUUCAUCGCACUUUUCAGAAUAAUUAAUAAAACAUACCUAAAUUAAUUAAAUCUUACCUUGUGUAUAGAUCGCACCAAACUUCGAGUCCGCUUUGAUAUUUCUACACUCGAGCUGUGCAGCUCUUUCCCGAGGUCCAGGGUUCGAUCCCCGGCUGAGUCGAUUGAGGUUUUCUUAGUUGGUGUGUAAACACUACAUGCGCUAUCAUCAGAUAGCAGCUAAUAAAAAAAAUUGUCUGAUCAUGAUAAUCGUGAUGAUUUUAUCACAAACUGUGUGAACUUGUUUACGCGCCAUGUAAUAAUCUAGACAUAAAAUGGGGGUAACAAAAAUAAUUGCUCAAUGAAAAUCCAGGGAAAAUUAGUUACCUGAUAACUAUCUAUGUCAACACAUGAAACUUACCCAAUGACGCAAGUUUUAACGUAAGCAUCCUUGUAAUACAAGGUGUUGUUAUCAGUUAUUUAAAGGUCUCUCACACUGACAAAAAUUUGUGCAUAUUAAGUAUAAAAUGUUUGUGCAUAUUAAAAAAUUUGUAAAAAUUUGUGCAUAUUAAGUAUAAACAAAAUAUUUGGGCAAAGUAUUCAUUGGCACCACUCACUAAAAUAUUGUCUUCCUAAUUAUUUUCCGAAUUUCUUAUCACAUUUUAACCGAUAUAUACCAAAAAUUUUCUUAGAAGUCUAAUCACCAAAACAAACCCGUCUUGUCACUAAAAUCACAUAUUUCACUUACGUUAUACGUUAUUUCUAAAGAACAAAGUGUCUAAAUCCUUUAUUAUACGCGUACAGUACGAAUUACACCAAAAACUACACCGAAUUUACGAUUUAUUCACAUUUAUUUUCUGAAAAACAAAAUCACAACGAGAUUAAUUUGCACAGCUUAACUACGAUUACGGCAAUUUGACAUUUCGUAACGCUAGAUUGUCUAUGAAAAGCAAGGAUGGGUAAAUAACAUCGAGCGUUAACUUAUCGAUAAAUGAUAAUGAAUGAUUCUUUAAUAAUUGAUAUGUUGUUAGUUUAAAGAUGGGAAAAUGAAAUAUUUUAUAAUCAUUUUAUUUUAAAAAAUAGUUUUUUAAUAAAAAUGUUAUACAAUACAUAUGCUCACGUUAUUCUAUAGCGUAAAAGAUAUCUUACGAAUAGUAGCAUUAUUCAAACACUGGUAUGGAUAACAUUAUCUCAAUACGAUUUUUAAUAAAAAUCGUCAAAUCAAGAUUUUAACAAAAACUAGCAAUGUAAAUUUAAUUUGCAAAAUGCGCGCGAUCAGCUGUUUUCCAAGAGGUCAAAUAGGCAGGUCACGACUAAUAGGUAUCUAUCUAUACAAAGUCACAAACAAACUGCGCGACGUUGUAUUGCCGACCGCCGCCGGUGCCGAGGAAAAUAAUUGCUAUCUCUCUCUAACCUAAGCUGCGUGGCGUGGUUAAUAGGUAUUUUCAAAAUAUUGAAACUUUAGGUCCUUUCGCUAGACGCUACGCUAUUUUUUCUUUAGUUCGUGUUCGGCGGUCUGUUGACAAACAAACCAAAAUUCAAAAACCUUUGUGUAUGUUCUAUGUUAUGUUAGUAGUGAUUUUCUGUAACGAAUACUCAUACAAUUGUGUCGUUUGUAUUGUGUGUGUUUGUGUGUGUUGACUGAGAAGUCUUGAAAUGCUUAGAUCAAAUCAAUUCAGUACUCAUGAAUAUUGUACCUACUAUGACGACAGAACGUCUCGUAAACGAGAAACAACCUGAAGUAAGUUAAUUACCUGUACCUAGUUAAAAACUUGUAAAGUAUAAAAAAUAGGUAUUAGAUAGGUAAGUGUAGCCAGCCGAUUUGCUGUCGAUGCGUACGUACCUACUCGUACGUACACAGUAGAUUGCGGAGCGUUGUUAUCGCAUUGUUCGCUGUACAUUGCGUGCUCAAAAUUUUCAAAAUCUGAAUUUUCUCAUUUCCCACGUAAUUGUUAUUUAAAAUAUCGUUGUGGAAACUAAAUUUAACCUCUUCACGCAGUUUUCGGUAUCAUGUCCCUUACACCCAGUAUGUACGUGGAUACGUGCACACUUUUUUGAAGUAUAAGCAAAUCUUGGACGUUAGUACGUCCCCAAAAGAUUAAAGAAAGAGACGGCCGCGUGACGCAGUGGGUAGUGACCCUGCUUUUUGCAUCCACGGCUGUGGGUUCGAUUCCCACAACUGGAAAAUAUUUGUGUGAUGAACAUGAGUGUAUAUAAGUAUUUAUAUGUAGUAUAUAAUUGUAUAUUAAUACUAUAAUAUCAACUAUCUUAGCACCCAUAACACAAGCUACUCUGUAUGCUUACUUUGGGGCUAGAUAGUGAUGUGUAUUGUUUAAGUAUAUUUAUAAUAAUAAUAAAAAAAGAUUACCCCAUUUCUUAACCACGCGUACCCAUAGGCAUAAACCGUGCACCGUUCACCGUUUGUGACACGUGAUAUUUAAUUUCUUAAAAUGCACACAACCGACAAACGUUAGUAUACGUUCCCUUUUAAGAUAACGUUGUAUAGUAACGGAUGUUUUAGUUUAGGUAUUUCAGUUAUAACGAUACCUACUUGAUAUCGUUCCGAUGCCCGCCGUUAACUUCUCAACCCUACUGAUUGUCUUUGAUUCAUAGUCGGCCAUUAUUGUUGUGUUAAAAAGUCAUCUAAGUAAAUUUCGAGUAUAGAUGGUUUGGUUUUGUAAUCGUCGGAAUCUAAUCUUCUUUUUUAUGUAUGUUCUCCGAUUCUUGAACACGCUUGAACCUACUUAGAUUUUUUUUGUUUGAAUGGUCAUAAUCUGACAAUGGGGCCAAAGUUAAUAGUUUCACAGUUUUCGUUUUAAAUUAACCCUAUAUAAUUGUUAUAUAAUAAUUUUUCUCCACUUUCAACAUAGACGAGGAUACGAGGAGCAUUUUUACAAUUGAUUACUAUCCAGUUAAUUUUCCGUGAGUAGUUUCAUCUUCAUGAAGCUCUUGAUUCUGGUAGCUAACAGGGUAAUAAAUAUGUCUAGCUGUAAGAACGAAUAACGUGUCACGCAUUUUGUAGCACAAUGUGGUAGUUAAGUUAUAUAAUUAUUAACAGCAAAAAACUGCUGGUUAUUAAAAGUUUUUGAACAACUCCUUUUAUCUUCUGUUGCUAGAUUGCUAAAUAAUACAUAAUUAAUAGUUAUACUACUUAACAGCCACGUUGUCCUACAAAUUGCUUGGUACGUUAUCUCGUUCCUACACUCGGAAGUUUUCAUUACCUAGUUAUAAACCACCAAUACCAGAAGCCAUAAUUUUCGUAAAUAUAAAACUUAAGCGUCUGAUCGAGAUAAAGCUACUCACGGAAAAUUAAAUUGUCAUAGGUAAGUAAUCAAUUGUAAAAGUGCUCCCCGGAUCCUGGACUAACAUAUUUGCACAAAAACGACAAAUUCGAGUAGGUAUGCAAAUUUUGCCAGUGUGCCAGAGCCUUUUAAAUUGACCUUGUAAAUAGUUGCUCCGGUGCAAUUAAGUGUAGCUAAGUACUUCGUAACUGUGGUGGGUUUCAAAGAUGUAACCUUGAUUGGUGACUUUGUACAAUGUAAAUUUUUUAACUAAGAACUUAUCGUGAGACUUAAAAAGGCCAAUGAAAUAGAAAUACUUAACAAUAUGUAUUAAAUAUACUUAACAGAAGUACUUAAUAUUACAAUACCAAGUAGGGUUGCCAUAUAAUUUGGAUAUUAACUUCUUUUUAUUUCAUUUCGUAAUAGCAUAUAUCUCCGGUAUUGCAAAUUCAAAUACUGGGUUUGCCAAAGAUUUUAUACUAUUAGAUUAAGGUAAGGAUACAAUUUUAAAAUUUAGCUACUCCACACAACGCACACUAGCACAAUAUUGUGUUUACUUACAUUAUAUAUUUGUGUGUGUGUAUAUAUAUAUAAUUUACACUUCUUUGACACUCAACCUGACAUUGUAGUCAAUAUUUUGGUAUUAUUUGUUUAAGUAACUAAUAACGUUCGUUGUUUACUAUGCGAUAAAAUGAAAUUAAGACAAUUAGCCACCUUUGUUAGCCUCAAUUUUGUCGCGCUAGUGACCUAUCUAUUAAAUCUAAUAGUAUAAAAUCUUUGGUGUUUGCCAUAAUUUAUAAUUAUCAUUAUGAAGUAAAAGUCUUUUUUCAGAUUCUCACUGAGUUUUUCAAAUAUCUUGAACUCUACUUUGAUUUAUAAAUAACUAAAGAUUUAAAAACCAUUUAAUAUAUUUGUUUUGUUAAUAAAACCGCAGGCCCGUGUAGUAAGUAAUAUGUGGUAACCCUAUUAACGGAUAUGAAUCUCACAAUGUGUUUAUCAUACAUACAGACGACCGGCAAGUCGGACAGAUAUUGCAUUAUUAUUCAAAUGCGAUCGUGUCAACGGCCCAAGCUGCCAUUUUUAUUUAUGUAUAUAAAUUCUCAUAUGACGCCGAAUUAAGUUUGCAAUCGAAAAUAUUACGAAUAUGUCGCUACUGUUUAAUUGAUGGCCGGUUAUUGGCGGGUUUUACUGAUUUACGGCCAGUUUCUUCAUCGUAUAGUAAGUAACAGUCAAAGUAACGUCAUGAAGCAAAAGUGACGGUCUUAAUCACGGAUAAAUAAAGUCUUCUUUACUACUUACUGGUAGAUAUUGCUAUAAGCAAUAAGACCGCCUUUGCACAUACUUGUUUUCUAUGUUUUCCUUUGUUAUUGUUUUUGUUUUAUUUUGUGCAAUAAAGUAUAAAUAAAUACUUACUACUGUUACUGUUUCUUAAGAUUUACAUGAAGAAACUGGCUGCUAAAAGACGUGCCGAUUUUCGCAAGUCGAUCAAUUACAAGCUACCCUCAAGUUAGGUGCUUUGUGGUGCCUUUUAAGGUACAUAUUUAAAAAGUUGCUAUCAGUUAUUGACAUUACUAGCGUAAAAAUAUUAUUACUUGUACUGUAAUUAGUAAUCAAAUAGUAGUAGGUAAUGUAUAAUAUACCUACUUAUUGUGCCCUCACAAUGUUAACUGUAAAUAUAUAGCCAGACAUAUGGAUUAUCGUACGAUCGUUUAAAAAUCCAGGGAUUUCUAAUAUAUUAGCUAUACGUCACAAUCGGUUUUGUUUUUGGACUUGUUUGUUACAAGGACUUAAGGAAUGGUCAGGACAUUGGGUAGUAGUUAUUAUAUUACUCAAAACAUAUUCCUCAAAAAUAGGCCUUAAAUAGAUGGCAAAAGAAAAACUAAUUUAAAUUAGUGACGCCAUUUCCCAAUACAUUGUAUUAUUAAUAAUUCCAUAAAUGUGUACUAUAUUUAUAUCAUAUAGAACUGAUUCAUUUAUAAUGAGAUGAAAAAAUUUAACUUCCGAUUAAGAUGUAAUUUAUACAAUUAAUUACUGUGAUAUAGUAAUGACAUAGUGAUAAAAUACCGUUCAUUUUCUCAUUAUAUGGGUUUUAUAAUAAAACAUAUGUAAUGAUGAAAUCUGGUUGUAAUUCACGCUUGUUGGUCGGUGUAUAGCCGACUCAAUACUCGAUAACAUCAGACAACAUAGACAAGUUGUUGGACAUAGGCCGACCGAAAAAAACGCGUUCGUGCUUCCAGAUAUUUUCUUUAUUAUCAGACAAUUGUGUGAAUUUUUAAUGAUCUGAUUUUAUUUACCAAAAAAUAAACCUUACAUUUGAUCGA